UGCAUUAUAUAAACAAAUGCUACGAAGAGUAGCAAACACAACAUCACAACACAUUAACAAACUCUAGCUACAAAAUCCCACACAAGAAUUCAUGGCCUAUUUUCUUUUCGUUCUUUUUUUAACUAUUAUCAAUUUAACUAAAGGGGAACCUAUUGUUCCUGCACUUUUUAUAUUCGGUGACUCAGUUGUUGAUGUCGGAAACAACAAUAAUCUUUUUACAGAAGUUAAAUCAAAUUUCUUUCCAUAUGGAAGAGAUUUUUUAAAUCACUCUCCAACGGGAAGAUUCUCAAAUGGAAAACUUGUUGUCGAUUUGGCAUCCGAACUUAUUGGAUUUUCCUCUUACCAACCAGCUUAUCUAAAUUUAAAUUUCGAAGAAAACAACAUCUUAAACGGUGCUAAUUUUGCCUCAGCGGCCUCUGGUUACCUUGAUUCCACAGCCAAGCUAAAUCAUGUGGUUUCACUAAGCCAACAACUGGAGUAUUUCAAAGACUGUCAGAACAAAUUAGUUAAAAUAGUAGGCCAGGCAAAUGCAACAUCAAUUUUAAGUGGUGCUGCUUAUAUUCUUGUUGCUGGAAGCGUAGAUUUUGUACUCAAUUACUACAUGAAUCCAGUGCAAGAAAAGAUUUAUACUCCAUACCAAUUCUCAAACAUUCUUUUGGAAUCUUAUACAAAUUUCAUUCGGAAUUUAUAUGAAUCGGGAGCAAGGAAGGUCGGUGUAGCAUCAUUACCUCCGAUAGGUUGUUUGCCAAUAAUUAUCAGUUUUUUUGGCUUCCAAAAUACAUGUGUGGAAAACAUAAACAAAGUAGCUAUUGAUUUCAAUGGAAAACUUGACAUCACUUCAAAGAAGUUGCAAAAUAUGCUUCCUGGCCUCAAAUUGGUCAUAUUUGAUACUUUUCAACCUCUUUAUGAACUUAUCACCAGACCUACUGAUUAUGGAUUUUUUGAAGCAAGGAAGGCAUGUUGUGGGACAGGCGUGCUAGAAGCUGCAAAAAUAUGUAAUCCAAUGUCCAUAGGAACGUGUGUUAAUGCGUCAAGAUAUGUAUUUUGGGAUAGUUUGCAUCCCACGGAGGCUACAAACAAAGUGGUGAUGGAUCGUUUGACUCCUAUUGUAAUGUCCCUCGUAUUACCCUAAUAAAACACU